AUGGUGGAAUAUGGGCCUGGAAGAGGAUUUGGUCCUGGUGGUGGUUUGAGAGGCCGUGGUGGUAGUUUUGAUGAACCUGGAGGGUUCGGCUUUAUAUGGCCCUGGAGGCGGAUUGGCUGUGGUUGUGGUUUGGGUGGCUCUGGUGGCAUUUUCAGCGGCCCUGGUGGUGGAUAUGGAGGUGGACAUGGCAUUGGUGUAAAGAUAAGUGGUUUUGGUGGCCCUGGUGGUGGAUUUGGAAGUGGACAUGUCAUUGGUGGAAAGGGUGGCGGUGUUGGCAGCCCUUGUGGUGGUGGAUAUGGAGGUGGACAUGUCAUUGGUGAAAAUGGGGAUGGUGGCCCUAGUGGAGGUUACGGUGGCCCUGGCGGUGAUGGUUUUGGUGGCAGAAUUGGAAAAGGUGGUGAUUAUGGUGAUGGAAUUGGAAAUCAUUGA